AUGUCUCUGACGUCCGAUUAUUUGAAUAAAGGGGAACGAACGGGAAGUGAAACUGCCCUGACCGCGUCUCCUGAAUCUGGGUUCGAACACCUCGUCCCCUCUACAUCGGCGCCAGAUAUCAGGCAACUUAUAAAUGGAGACGGAGGCCAUUCCCGCCCUCACGCUCCUCAGCGCGAGUCAACUGUGAGCUUCCCACAAGUAAUACCUGACCGUCAUGAGAGUCGCACUUUGGUCUUGUGCUUCGAUGGUUCGAUCAAGAUAACUCGAAUAUCGUCCAGUUUUCCAGCUUCUGAAAAAGGACGACGAAAUAAGCAAAUGGUAUACUACCAAGCUGGAAUUGGAACAUCGAGCAAACAUUUUGUUACACCUAUUGCCAUCGCACUCUCUAAAGCGGCUGAUAUGGCAAUUGCCCAUGGAUUGAGGGAUCACGUUACUGACGGUUACGAGUUCCUAAUGCAGAACUAUAUCGAAGGAGACAAAAUUUGUCUUUUCGGGUUCUCGCGAGGCGCAUACACUGCACGUGCUUUGGCUGGUAUGCUCCACAAAGUCGGAUUACUUCCGCCAUUCAACUAUCAACAAGUUCCAUUCGCAUAUCAUAUGUAUCAGCGGGACGACAAAGAAGGAUGGGAAAUGAGCAAUGGAUUCAAACAGGCGUUUUCGAUUGAUGUCGAAAUUCACUUCAUGGGCCUUUUUGAUACCGUCAACAGUGUUGGGCUUCUUCCUCACGAACUUCCCUUUGCCAAGUCGAAUUAUGUCGUGAGAAACUUUAGACACGCAGUCGCCCUCGACGAACGCCGAGCCAAAUUCAAGGCGAAUCUAUGGGGCAGGACUUCGGAUGAGGACGCUGCAUUAGCUGCUCCUCACCGCGAAGAGUACCUUUCCAAAAAGAAGCGCGAAAAACUCAAGAGGCAGGCCUUGGAACAGAAGAACGCAAAUUUGUUUGGUUACGGAUCCAGUAUGGUCGAAUCCAUUGGUGGUGCGGUUGGAUCCAUGACGGGCUCGGUGACUGGUGCCGUUGGAAGUGUGGCUGGAGUCGUCGGUAGCAUGGGCGGAUAUGUCGCCAACAGUGUCUGGUACGGAAACAAUACAGGAGACAGCCUGGAGGCAAGGCGUCGAAAAACGGUCGACGGGUCAGGGGUGUAUCCGCCUGGCUAUAACGAUGAACAACCAAUUAUUAUGGAUGAGAGGAUAAACGGAUCGGAAAAGUUGAAGAAACGUAAGGUCAAGAGAAACGAGCCGCACGUCGUACAUGCCAUCGGUGGGCAGCGAGUAGAACGGAAUGAGACCGACGUUGAGGAGGUUUGGUUCUCUGGAGCUCAUACAGACGUGGGUGGCGGAUCUGUCAAGAACGGAGAACGGUACUCGCUCGCUCGUAUUUCUCUGCGGUGGAUGGUCCGCCAAUGUUUCAAGUGCAAUACUGGCAUCAUGUUCCAUUCUAACCUGUUGGAAGAUAUUGGUAUCUCUCCGGAAAGCCUGUGGCCCAAGGUUCUCGCCCGUCCACCACCAAUCAUGUCAUUUGAAGAGCUACCCAAGAGUGUCCCACCUACACCUCCGCUCAACGAACGCCGCUCCGAACCCCUUCUUCCUGCAUAUUCGCGCCUUCCCCUCCCGGAUUCGUCGAAUGACCCAAAGUUCAACGCCAAUCACCCAGGUUAUAAGGAUGCAGCUGUUUUGGACAUCAAUGACCCUCGCCUCCCCAAUGCGAAAAAAUACACGCCCUAUAAUUCGAUUACUGAUCGCGAACACACGCAGCUCUCCCACAAGGUCAAUCCCGAGGAGCCCUAUAUUCCUUGGUUCGGGCGAAGACUAGGUCACGAACUUCGAGAUUUUGGUCCUGACUCGCGCGAGGAGAGAGAGCCGUUUAUUAGCGAAGAAGUCGAGGAUUUCAAAGAUUCCUUGAGUCCUGUAUACGACCAACUAGCCUUGAAUUGGUGGUGGUGGAUUCUAGAGGUCAUUCCCGUCAAACAGGUCUGGAGGAAAAAGGAUAGGAGCUGGAGACGGUUUUUUGCAAUUAAUCUUGGAGGACCUCGUGUCAUCAAAAAUCAGAAGCGCAACGGUGUCAACGUCCACCGUACGGUGCAAAUUCGCAUUCAGUCCAAGUUCGAUAAUGAGGGCAAGCCGUUUUCUUAUUCUCCCCGGGCCCAUUUGAAAGUUGCUUGGGUCAAGUGGCUCGGUGGGGCAGAGGAACGGGAUCCAGUAAUGGUCUGA